GUACGACCCUCUGCAUCAGGGUUGGAAAUAAAAGCUCCAUCCUCCUUUUCUGCGUUGCGAGCAUCGUUCUGGCGGAGACAGGGCGUCCUCCCAACCCUACACACAUGACUACCGACUAGGAUCGCUCGUUAGCGGACAAACAGAGGGACACAAGGACAGCAGCAUGGCGAAGCACCGCAAGGAAAGAGACAGCUGGGGUGAGUAUCCCAGUUUUGGGGGGAUUUAGCUGCAGGAAGGUGAUGCACGCGAGACAGCAGCUCUGAACGCACAUGUUCUCACUAUGGGUGGAAAGCGUGGCCUGAUUCAUUCUGAUUAUUAACAAGCUUAGCUAUUGAUCUGCUGCAAACCGGAAGAUGUAAUGGACUCAACUUUCCUGUUGUUUCCGGGCCUAAUGGACCACAAGGGUCCCUCAGUGAUAAGCACGUCUACGACUGGAGCUCGGAGGAGGAGGAGCCCGAUGGACGGGCCCGACCCGUCCAGGUGCUGCUGGUCAAAGACGACCACACCUUCGAGCUGGACGAGGCGGCGCUGAGCCGCAUCCUGCUGGCGGAGGAGGUCAGGGACCGAGAGGUGGUGGCCAUCUCCGUGGCCGGGGCGUUCCGCAAGGGCAAGUCCUUCCUCAUGGACUUCAUGCUGCGCUACAUGUACAACCACGCGUCCGACGGAUGGCUGGGCGACGCCGACGAGCCGCUGACGGGCUUCUCCUGGAGGGGCGGCUCGGAGAGGGAGACCACCGGGAUCCAGAUCUGGAGCGAGGUGUUCCUGGUGGACAAGCCCGACGGGAGGAAGGUGGCCGUAUUGCUCAUGGACACCCAGGGCACGUUCGACAGCCAGUCCACGCUGAGGGACUCGGCCACCGUGUUCGCUCUGAGCACCAUGAUCAGCUCCAUGCAGGUCUACAACAUCUCACAGAACGUCCAGGAGGACGACCUUCAGCACCUACAGCUCUUCACUGAGUACGGCAGGCUGGCGAUGGAGGAGACCUUCCUCAAACCCUUCCAGUCUAUGAUUUUCCUCGUUCGAGACUGGAGUUUCCCGUACGAGUUCCCCUACGGGCAGGAGGGAGGCAUGAAGUUCCUGGAGAAGCGGCUGAAGAUCUCCGAGAACCAGCACGAGGAGCUGCAGAACGUGCGGAAGCACAUCCACUCCUGCUUCACCAACAUCUCCUGCUUCCUGAUGCCUCACCCCGGCCUCAAGGUGGCCACCAACCCCCACUUCGAUGGCAGGAUCAAAGAAAUCGACGGCGAGUUCAUAAACAACCUGAAGGUUCUGGUCCCGUGGCUCCUCAGCCCUCGUAGCAUCGACGUGAAGGAAAUAAACGGCAGCAAAAUCACCUGCAGAGGCCUGUUGGAGUACUUCAAGGCUUACAUCAAAAUCUACCAAGGGGAAGAGUUGCCGCAUCCAAAGUCCAUGCUCCAGGCCACAGCAGAAGCCAAUAACCUGGCAGCGGUGGCAGCCGCAAAGGACCUGUACAACAAGAAGAUGGAGGAGGUCUGCGGCGGCGACCGGCCCUUCCUGGCGCCCAGCGAGCUGCAGGCGCGGCACGGCGCCAUCCGAGAGGAGGCGCUGCAGGUGUUCCGGGGCGUGAAGAAGAUGGGCGGCGAGGAGUUCAGCCGGCGCUACCUGCAGCAGCUGGAGGGGGAGAUCGACGAGGUCUUCGUCCAGUACAUCAAGCACAAUGACUCCAAGAACAUUUUCCACGCCGCGCGCACGCCGGCCACGCUGUUCGUGGUCAUCUUCGUCAUGUACGUGGCCGCGGGCAUCACGGGCUUCGUGGGCGUGGACAUCAUCGCCAGCUUGUGCAACAUGAUCCUGGGCCUGGCGCUGAUCACGCUGUGCACCUGGGCCUACAUCCGCUACUCGGGGGAGUACAGAGAACUGGGGGCCGUCAUCGACCAGGUGGCCGGAGCCCUGUGGGACCAGGGGAGCACGAAUGAGGCGUUCUACAAGCUGUACAAUGUAGCGGCCAACCACCGGCACCUCUACCACCACGCCUUCCCCGGGCCGCAGGUGGAGGAGGCGGCCGACGAGCGGGACAAGAAGAGAGACUGAUCGGGAGGCGGCGGGGGACAGAGGGGGGGGGGGGGGGAGACGGGGGCUCCCCCCCUGCUGUGGUGCAUUUCACUACUUUAAAGCUAAUAACGAGAAAGAAUGCGGUCGCGCUCGUCUCCAGAGGACGACGGAUGUGAGAAAACUAACACCUGUACAGAUGCUAUAGACACAGACCUCCUCCUCUUAGCGCUCGGGUUCAUAUCGGACGGCUUUCUCCUCACCCCCCACUGUUUUAAGUAUAACCCCACCCCCAUUUGUGACGCUUCUGUUCUGUUCUGUUCUUAGAAGUCUAGUGCUGUUUAUAAAGGAACAUUAUCUACGAUCAAGCGCUGUCUGAAAGCCAGAUCACGCAUCGGAACGUCAUCAGCAUGGUAAAUGGUUAAUGUUUGUCAUCUUCGAGCUCCAACACAUGGUAUAAGUUGUGUAAUAAUGGUUGUGACAAAGUAGUAUUGUGCCAUAACGUGUGAAAGCGGCCUGGCUGCGUCCGUUCCUCGUCCGCUGCGGUCGGGAGGCUGGCGACGCUUGGAUCAGCAGGAAGACAACAGUCACAAGUUUACACAGCAUCCCGACUUCUCCUUUUUCCAGCCGGCUCGGCUUUGUACUCGCCGCAUCCCAGCGACCCUCCGUUUGUGCGCGCGUGUUCGGUUCCCAUUGUGACGUAGCCGUGCCGGGUCCGACCCAUUGUUGUGUGUUUCUCGCUGAAUGUUCGAGCGAAUCCGAGGAAUGUAGCCAUUCUGCGAAGCUGGAUGCGAUGGAGGGGGGGAGGGGGGGGGUCCUCAUUCCACAUCGCUUCCAUCACCCUCACACACUUGAGUCAAGUCGCCUGUGAUGACCUGUUGCAUGGUGAGAGUCCAGGCCCUGUGCUUUUGUGUUUCCGAAGCAGCUUGCGUCCGUAAACAAGAGGCUCGUACCGACGACGGCACUUUUUUUGGUGUUUGAAUACUUUGGCUUCGUAGACUGUUACUGUAUAUUCGUAUACGUGUUCUUCGCUCAUUGAAUAUUUGCAUCAUCGCUCAGCUGUAGCAUCAGAACUGUACUCCCUGCCCCCAGUGAGCUGGUCACCAGCACUUCAGGAACACUGUCACGCACAUUUAGCGAGUUUAUACUGAGGUUUGACCUCGAGGCUUGAAAAUUGAAAGGCAGUGCAGCAGAGUGGCUUCUCGAGUCUUCCACAAUGUGUAAUCAGCGGCAGUGAGGCCUUCAGGCAGAGAACCAGGUUUAAAAUCCCAUCACUACGUUGGUGUGUUCAUUUUUAAGUGUUUUUACGCUCCGAGUUAUUCAGUUCAAUUAGUGAAUUAAAGAUUCUGUCUGUUCAGAAGCUCACAAAAACCCGCUCUGGACGCUUCGACUCCAAAUGUCGGGCGCCUCAGCGGCUGAAAGGUCAAACGACUCGACCUCUCGCUGAGCUCUUCCACAUCGUCACUGCUUAGUUUUAGCCACAUGCUGCAAGAUUUCCAUUACAAAGAAAUAAACAAUAAAGUUGGACCAAAUUCA